AUGGCUCGCCCAUCACAAAACACGCAUCCAGCAGCAACAUCUACUGAGCUGCCCACCCUACACUGGGCCCCGUCCAUCAAACGGUCAAUCACUUCAAGUUCCAUACCACGCCAAAAAGACCCCCUCGUGUCGAGCUUUGGCAAUGCCACCGAUGACAAAAGUGACAAACUCCGCGACUACCACCACCAAAUCAAAGCAACUCUCACAAAUAUGCUCAACGACGACCGGAUGAAGCAUAACCCCAGUGGAAGCCGCUGCGUGCAGAAGGUACUAUUGGAAAACGAGAAAGACAUGCGGAAACAACGGAGACAUUCGCUCAGUGCAUGUCCUGCUAAGCGAACCAUGCUCUUUUAA